AUGGUUCGUGUAAGCAUGCCGAGCAGAGCCGAAUUGGCCGCACCGUUCCAGUCCAAGGAGGCUUUCAAGGACUGGAUCAAGGCUUCCGAGACAGUUGACGGACAGACGCAAAUCGGCGACUCGCGAUGGUCGAACAAGGACCUCGAACCGACCCCGCCGGAACAGCGCACAUGGACGUGGUACAACCUGCCGUUGUACUGGUUCUCCAACAUGUUUGGAACGACUGGCUGGAACGUGGCGUCCUCGCUAGUCGCCGUAGGCUUGACAUGGCAACAAGCGUUCAUCUCAUGUGUUCUCGGCUCACUCAUAUCGGCCAUUAUCGUCACGGGCAUGGCGAGACCGGGUGUCAUGUAUCACCUGGGAUACCCUGUUCUCGCACGAUCAGUGAUGGGAAUGUACGGCUCCUACUUCUUCGUCUUCAUUCGGGCUAUCGUAUGCAUCAUCUGGUACGGCAUCCAGACGUACUACGGCGCAAACUUAUUGUCUGUUUGUUUCCGCUGCAUAUUCGGCAGUGGCUGGGAGAACUUUGCCAACCUUCUCCCCGCCGGGGCCGACGUGACGUCGAAGCAGCUUUUGGCCUUCUUCAUCGUGUGGCUGGCCGAGUUUCCGUUUACUUGGGUACACCCAACCCACAUCCACUACAUCUUCACCAUCAAAGGCUUCAUCAUGCCGUUCGCCUGCUUCGGGUUGUUCGGCUGGUGCAUGGCUCACGGCACGGGUAUCUCCAAUAUUAACGCUGCAUCAGCCGCCGGUGCCAGUGCUGCGGCGAAGACGCCUCUGGGAUGGGCAGUCAUGAGCGGCAUCAACGUCAUCAUGGGAUCGCUCUCGCCCAUGCUCGUCAACCAGCCCGACCUCGCACGGUAUUGCAAAGAACCUCGUGACGCAGGCUGGCUUCAGGGUGCCUGUGUAUUUUUCGCCAAGAUACUCGUCUUUUUCCUCGGUCUCGCGUCGACUACAUCUCUGCAGGGCGCAUGGGGAGUGGCGUAUUGGAAUCUGUGGGAUCUGCUGGACGCCAUCCUCGACCACUACUGGACACCCGCAGGCCGCGCCGGGGUCUUUUUCGUGUCUUUUAGCUUCAUUCUCAGCAUGUUUGCGACCAAUUUCGGAUCAAACUCGAUUCCGUUCGGAGCGGAUAUGACAGGGCUGUUCCCCAAGUAUCUGACCAUUCGCCGAGGGCAGGUAGUAUGCGCUAUUCUCGGGAUUGUGGUGCUCCCGUGGAAGCUGAUUGCGAAUGCGUCGACUUUUCUAUCUUUCCUUGGGAGUUACAACAUCUUUAUGGCUCCUCUCUGUGCUAUCAUCAUUUUCGACUACAUCAUUGUUCGAAGAGGUAACAUCCACGUGCCUUCUCUUUACAAAGGUUCCAAGGACGGCAUUUACUGGUUCAAAUCUGGGGUAAAUUGGAUUGGUGUUUUCGCCUGGAUCGGCGGUACCGUAAUGGGUCUUCCCGGUCUUGUUGGACAGUACCAGCCGCAGAGCGUCAGCCAGCCGGCUAAGUACAUGUACAUGAUGGGCUGGGUCCUGACCUUCUGUACAUCUUCCAUCAUCUACGUUGCCUUGACUAAGAUAUUCAAGGUCAAGGUUUUUCCGAGGGGAUAUGAGAACACACCGAUGGAGUAUGAGAUGUUGGCGAAGGAGGGACGGGACGGAUUCUUUGAAGGUGAGAGGGAGGGCGAAUUGUAUGCGCCUCCUUCGCCGCAGAUGACAGACGGAGAGGAAUUGCAAAUUGGAGAGAAAUCGAAGAAGAUGGAAGCUUGA